GGGGCACCGCGGGUGGAGCUGCGCGACCUCUUCGAGGCGGCCGUGCCAGGCGUGGUGGUGAAGGUGGCCCUCAUGAAGCAGUUCGCCUUCAUCCAACUGUGCGACGAGAUGGCAGCCGAGUGCGCCAUCCAGAAGCUUAAUGGGCACCUUUUGCACUGCCACCGCGUGGUUGUUGUCGAGUUCUCCCGCCCGAGGCCCACCCACACCGUUAAGACCUUUGUGGGCAACGUCUCGGCCACCUGCACCAGCGGCGAGCUGCGCGUCCUCUUCCAGGAGUUCGGGCCUGUCAUCGAAUGCCACAUCGUGAAAGGAGUGGGAGAGGCGAGCUUGUGGCUUAGAAAUCUACUCUGUACAUGCUCAGAGGUGUUGUUACUUUCUCCACUCCCGGCUGCAAACCCAGCAAUUGAAAUCAACUCAGCUUUAAGGAGCCCCAGUUUGACUAGCCAUCCCGCCGUGGCUGGGUUGACUUUACACAAUUGUUGGAUGUCCGGAGAAGCCAUUGAUGAGCUGCACGAGAGGUACUUAGAGAAGUUGACCCAGGUCUUUGAGGAGCAUAAGGCCAAGUACGGUCUGCCCCAAGACAAGUACCUAAUGAUCAGUGUUCUGGAUAUAAAUCUAUUCAGGCUUCAAGAUUGA